GUUUUUAUGAAGAUUGGCUUGAUUUUGCUUCAGUAACCCUGAGCAUCUGUGAACGUCUCCCUGUUUGGAGUCACCAUGACUGAACAAGACCCAGAACUGACAGCUGUAGUGCAGGACGUGUGGGACAACGACGUCAACCGCCUGAGACCCGGGACAGACUACCGCAUAUCUCUGCAAAGUAAAGCAACGACUCUCUCAAACCUCAGUGAUGAGGACGAUGCGGCUGGAUCUCCUCUGUUCACCUUCGUGGAUGAGAACAUUUUUAAAAAGGAAACGUUUUCAGCCUUCAUUUCACUUCUGGACAAUUAUGAGAGUGAUACUGGUGUACCAGAGGUCGUGACCCCGGAGGAGGAGGCAGAGAAUCACAGGUUUUUGGACUCCAUAAUAAAGACUCCUGUAAUGAAGAUUGUCCAUAAAUAUCUUGUAGAGAAGAAUCUCUCCCCGCUCGACACAUCAGCGUUUGUCGAGCAGCUGUACUGCAUCUGGUUCAAACUGUACGCCAGGAGAGGGUCCAGCAGACCAGACUCUUCAGGGUUCGAGCAUGUCUUUGUAGGUGAAACUAGAGGAGGACAUACUGUUAUUGGUUUCCAUAACUGGAUUCAGUUGUAUUUACAAGAGAAACUCGGCCACAUCGACUACAGAGGCUACAGCGUGAAAGGGAACGCCACAAAACCUGACGAGAACAAACACAUCUUAGCUCUUCAGUUCAGCUGGAAGAACGGGAUCAAGCCCAAAGGCAGCAUCUUCCUUGGUGUGAGCCCGGAGUUCGAGUUCGCCCUGUACACCCUGUGUUUCAUCACGUCUCCUAACGAGCGUGUCAGACUGUCUUUCAGUCUUUAUGACGUGGAGGUCGUGUGCCAUCACUACAACCAGAAGCACAUCGCAACUACCUACCCCGUCCUCGUCAGAUACCAGGAUGUGCAGUGA